GCGCGCGAGCGAGCGGGCCGGGCGCGGGCUGUGUGCGGGGCCAGCGCCGAGCGGGAGCAGCGGCAGGGAAGCUCCUGGGCUCGGUGGAGACCGCCGUGCCCGCUUGUCGCCUCGGUCUUCACGGCUGCCGGGAGGAAGCGGCUGUCUGCUCCUUGUCCUUCUCCGCGGCGUCGGCGCGAGGCUGUUCCGGCUCGGCCCGCGGGGAGCCCCGGGAGCCGCACGUGUCCUCGGUCAUGAAACUUACUCCACAACAAGCUCCAUUAUAUGGUGAUUGUGUUGUUACAGUACUGCUUGCCGAGGAGGACAAAGUUGAAGAUGAUGUAGUGUUUUACUUGGUGUUUUCGGGUUCCACCCUCCAUCAUUAUACAAGUACUCGGAAAGUCAGCUCUGAUACGUUGGAGACCAUUGCUCCUGGUCAUGACUGCUGUGAGACAGUGAAGGUGCUGCUCUGUGCCUCCAAAGAGGGCCUUCCUGUGUUUGUGGUGGCGGAAGAAGACUUCCGUUUUGUCCAGGAUGAAGCCUGUGAUGCUGCUCGGUUCCUGGCAGCCAAUGCUGGUGAUCAGCAGGCUCUGAACUUCACUCGCUUUCUUGACCGGACAGGACCCCCAUCUGGAGAUGUGAAUUCACUGGACGAGAAGGUCGCUCUAGCAUUUAGACACCUGAAGUUGCCUGCAGAGUGGAAUGUUUUGGGGACGGACCAUACUUUGCAUGAUGGUACCCCCCGAGAGACAUUGAUGCAUUUUGCUGUACGACUGGGACUGCUGCGGUUGACAUGGUUCCUGUUACAGAAACCAGGUGGCCGUGGAGCUCUGACUAUACACAAUGAGGAAGGGGCAACGCCUGUGAGCCUGGCCUUGGAGCGAGGUUAUCAUCAGCUGCACCAGCUCCUAACCCAGGAGAAUGCUGGAGAGCCAGACUCCUGGAGCACUUUAUCCUAUGAAAUACCUUAUGGAGAUUGUUCUGUGAGGCACCAUCGAGAGUUGGACAUCUAUACAUUGACCUCUGAGUCUGAAUCGCAUGAGCCCCCAUUUCCUGGAGAGAGUUGUACUGGACAUAUUUUUAAACUUAAGAAUAUCCAACAGCAACUAAUGAAAACAAGCAUCAAGCAGAUGGACACUCUCACACCCUUAAUGACAGCACAGGAUGCUUCUUGUCUGCCCAGUGCCCCAGAGACAGAGGGCCAGUUCCUCCCUUGUGCAUCAGAGUUCUCAGACAGCCAGCAGCUUUCUUCUUCUCUUCCUGAAGAGACUGAAAAUCCUCUCUGCUGCCAGGGAAGUCCUGUUGGGCAGAUUAAAAAUCCCUGUGAUUUGUCAACAGAGACUAAGGAAGAGGAUUCAGGCUGUUCUCACAGGAAGAAAAAUAAAGGCGUGGAGAAAACUAGGGAAAAGCUGGAGCCAGCACCUUUUGUGGAUUCUGGAACUGUGUCUGAUCAAGACAGUUGUCUUCUGAGCUUGCCUGACUGUGGAGGCAAGGAUACAGAAGCUCUUCCAUCCUGUAGUCCCAGGAAUGAAGAAACUGGAGCACAACUUUCUGGAGUGGCCAUGGGACAGGAGUCUCUCAGUACUAGGGACAGUAUGCAGCCAGGAAACACAGUGAAAGAACCAGGUACAUCCCAGCAUUCCUCUGGAGGGGAACUGGCAGAUGGUUCAGUGACAGAUGCCAGUGCUCCCGAGAGUACAAGAAAAGCAGAACAAAGUCUUGUGAACCCAGCUGCCACCAUCCGGAAUAAUAUGCUUCAAUUAGGAGCAAGUUUAGAGGAAAGAUUUGAGAACUCUCCUAUCAGCACAGUUGGAGCCUCUGAUAAACAAGUCAGAAGUGAGCUUGUGGAUAAUGGUGUUCCAAACUGUUGCUCUGCCACUAGUGUCCCCAAUGCCAACAAAUCUGCAGAGUCUUUACAUGCUUUGAGCCCCAGAGAAACCCCUGAUGAAAAUACAGUGGGGAUGGAAACUCUAAGAAGCUGUGAGGAGCUGGCUGAAACUGUGGGAGAUCAAAACACUGUGGUGAUUCAAGCUGCUAUAGAAGACAAGAUUUCUAAUGGGUCAGAACUUGACACUUCCUUGGCAGGCACAUGUGAGGUAAUAUCCCACUGUGAUUUAACUUUCCCUGUUCUAAAAACUGAUGUGAUGCUCAACCAGAAACCAGAAACUAAUUCAUCUCAUGCUCAAAGCCAAAACAGUCAGUCACCAGUUUGUUCUACAACUGGGGACGAUAAACUUUGUGCAGAGUCUGCAUGUCAGCAGAGCACAGUGCCUUCUAGUGGCGAGCAGGUUGUAAAGCAUUGUAGUGACACAGGGAGACACCCUGAAACCACAACCGGGCAGCCCAGCACACAAGACCUGUAUAAUGCAGCCCAUCUGGAGGACUCACAAGCUGACCCCGUCACUUCUGAUCCUGUAAGAGUUCCCCAGGAAUGUGGGAAUUUUGGUACUCUUGGAGUUUUAGGAAGAAAGGUCCAGGGAGAAGAUCUGAAACUAGACACACCUGUAACGAAUUUACUUGAGGUGGGUUCAUGUCUACCUCUGGUUGUCCCUCAAACUGAGAAAGGACUGGUGCCAGACCCCGCUGUGCCAUCAGACAGUGCUUUCUCUCUGGCAAGCAGUCCAAGUGGUGAAUCAGUAACCAAAGAUGACGCACUUUCCCUUGUCCCCUCCCAGAAAGAAAAGGGAACAGCAACUCUUGGACUCCAUAGGGCUGUAGCUUGCAGAGAAGGCCCAGACCGAGGAGAGUCAGAGGAUCCUGAUGUACAGCUGCUAGAAGAUAGAGCAGCAAGCCUGCCCUUGUCUCCUGCUGUUGGAGAGCUUCAGCCCAGCAUGGGAAAUACCAGUGCCACUGGCCUUGGUGAGGAGCACGAAGGGCCUGACCACUCAGCAACUCCUGAAGCACUCACUGACCCUUCUCUGCUAAGUGUGGAGACAGCUACUUUGCCUUCUGAGUCAGUUUUGACUGAAGAAGGAAAAAAUCUGGUGGUUCCAGAAAGUGCUGCAGCUCAGGGACAAGAUGACAAGGACAAAGCAGUGACUUGUUCCUCUGUUAAGGAAGACACCCUUUCUUCAGGAACAUUGCAGGAAGAGCAGAGAAUCCCACCUCCGGCACAAGAGACAGCCAGAUAUGGUGAUAAACCUGUCUUAGCUGUCUGUACUAAGGACACAGCACUUCAGCUUCGUAAUUCACUGGACACACCCUCUGCCUGUCUUAAGACAGAAACUACACAUAAUAAGGAAGAGGCCCCUCAGGCUGCCCUGCUGACUGAAGGUGGGGCCUCACAGAGCCUGGUGCCACCAGGAGCAAAUCUGGCUGCAGACUCAAGGGAGGAAGUCUUAGGGGCAAAGCCCAACAAUUCAUCUCCAUUACCAGGCCUGCUGCCAGGUGAGUCUGAGGCUGUUAGUUGCGAUCUACCUCUUCCUCUGGAUGGUAAAGUGACGAACACCCAGACCCCAGGGACAACCAGUGCCUGUGAGUUGGACAGAAAUGUGAUGGAGGAUGUGGUAGUGGUUAACACUCUGCAAGGUACUGCUGAGUCCAGAAGAAAGGAUAUAUCACACAACAAUGAAGACAACCCGGGUGCAGAAGUUUCACUGAGCCAAGAGAAGAAUAUGAUCGUCAGUCUGCCAGGAGCUUUACCAAACAAAGGUGAGACUGGCCUACAGGGAGCUGCAGCUCCAGACAUGGUACCUCUUAAUUGCAAAAGAGGGAGGCAGGAGGGAGCAGACCACAGGAGUUCCAUUGCUGACUCCAAAGAGGCUCUUAUGGAUGACUUGCCUUUUGCCAAGGAGCCCCCAACAGAGACAGAGCUCCCAGUUCUUGAUGACAAGAUCCCAGGGGGCAUGAGACAAGUCACUCUCUCUCUCCCUGGCAUGGCUUCAGCUGCACCUAAAGGAGCAGACUUGAUCGAAGAGGUUGCCAGUCGUAUAGUGGAGGCGGUCAUUGAGCGAGUCAAAGCCUCUGGAGCAUUGGUGACUGAAGGGGAAGUGUGUCAUGUAUCCACACUGUCUAGUUCUGAGUUGGACCCUCGGACUGAACAGCCAGAGAACCCUUCUGUAGAUGAAGGGAGUGCUUUUUCACCUGGGGAGACACUGCAAAUGGCUAAUACAGGAGACGUCACCAGCAGCCUGAAGGGAUGUUUUGUUAGAAGGGAGGAGCCAGAGAAAAUUACUCUGCUUGUCCAAGAACCUGAGCCAGCAACAGAAAUGCCAGGUACUAAAGCUGAAGAUGAAGUGGAUUUUCUGAGUCCGACCAGAGUAAGUUCAGUCUCUGCAGAGGCAACUGUCAGAAAUGGAGCUGCUGCCCCACAGGUGAAACAAGGCCCAGAGACCUCAGCGAUUAAUCGAGAAAGCUGGUGUGCCAUAGAGCCAUGUCCUGGUGCAACAUCACUUUUGACUUCCACACAGAGCCCAGAGUGUGAGAACUUCUUGGCUGUUGGACUAGGUGGGGAGUGUACCUCAAAACAAGCUGUACUUCAGAGAGAAUCUGGGAGUGACCCUGAUCUCUCCCAUUCGCCCAGUAAUGAGAUGGACAGCAUCAUCUUCUCAAAGCCUGAGGAAGAGCAGUUGGUUUGUGAUAUCACGGAGUCCAGUUCUUCCACAGAUGACACAGCUUCUCUGGAUCGACAUUCUUCACAUGGCAGUGAUGGGUCCCUCCCUCAAGCUUCAAAGCUCAGCAAGCCUAGAGAUCAUCAAAGUCCCAAUGGCUUCUACAGCCCUGGGAUGGGAAUCGAGGGUCGAGAGAGUGAGAGUGAGCCUGCUGGCUCUGGUGACGUGGAAGAGGAGGAGAUGGACAGCAUCACAGAAGUGCCCACCAACUGUUCCAUCCUGAGGAGCUCCAUGCGCUCCCUGUCCCCUUUCCGGAGGCAUAGCUGGGGUCCUGGGAAGAAUGCUGCCAGUGAUGCAGAAAUGAACCAGCGCAGUUCAAUGCGAGUUCUUGGGGAUGUGGUCAGGAGACCUCCCAUUCAUAGAAGAAGUAUGAGCUGGUGCCCCUCUGGUGUGCAAUAUUCUGCUGCCCUGAGUGCUGACUUUAAUUACAGAAGUUUCAGUCUGGAAGGCUUGACAGGAGGAGAUGGUGUUGGAAACAAGCCAUCUUCAUCUCUAGAAGUAAACUCUGCCAACUCCAAAGAUCUCAGACACCCUUUCGGUAUUGAGGAGCGGCGUGACUCUCUGGUGUCACUUUCAGAGGAGAAUCUGGAGUCAAACCAACGAGAACAUAGAAUAUUUGACCAGCAGACAUAUCACAGAUCUAAGCAACAGAGAUUUAAUUACUGUACAUCAGCCAUUUCUUCUCCAUUGACCAAAUCCAUCUCAUUAAUGACAAUCAGCCAUCCUGGACUGGACAAUUCCCGGCCUUUUCACAACACCAGUGCUAACCUGGCGGAGAGUAUAACAGAAGAGAACUACAAUUUCCUGCCACAAAGCCCCUCCAAGAAAGAUUUUGAAGGGAAGAGUGGAACAAAAGUUAGUCGUACUUUCAGCUAUAUCAAGAAUAAAAUGUCCAGCAGUAAGAAGAGCAAACAGGAAAAGGAGAAGGAGAAAGAUAAAAUGAAGGAGAAAGAGAAAGAUUCUAAAGAAAAGGAGAAAGACAAGAAGCUUCUCAAUGGACAUACUUUCAGUUCCAUUCCUGUUGUUGGCCCCAUCAGCUGUAGCCAGUGUAUGAAGCCUUUCACCAACAAAGAUGCCUACACUUGUGCAAAUUGCAGUGCUUUUGUCCACAAAGGCUGCAGAGAUAGUCUGGCUUCCUGUGCAAAGGUCAAAAUGAAGCAGCCCAAAGGGAGCCUUCAGGCACAUGACACAUCAUCACUGCCCACAGUCAUCAUGAGGAACAAGCCUUCACAGCCCAAGGAGCGUCCUCGAUCUGCAGUCCUCCUGGCCGGUGAUGCCUCUGCUGCCCCAGUGUUUGCAAACAGACGAUCCCAGCAGAGCGUCUCACUGUCCAAAAGCGUCUCCAUACAGAACAUUACUGGAGUUGGAAAUGAUGAGAACAUGUCAAACACCUGGAAAUUCCUGUCUCAUUCAACAGAUUCACUGAAUAAAAUCUGCAAGGUCAACGAGUCCACAGAAUCACUCACUGAUGAAGGAGUAGGCACAGACAUGAAUGAAGGACAGCUAAUGGGAGACUUUGAGAUGGAUUCCAAGCAGCUAGAAGCAGAGUCCUGGAGUCAGAUAGUGGACGGCAAGUUUCUGAAACAGCAGAAGAAAGACACCGUCAAACAGCAAGAAGUGAUUUAUGAGCUGAUGCAGACCGAGUUCCAUCACAUCCGCACACUCAAGAUCAUGAGUGACGUGUACAGCCGGGGGAUGAUGACAGAGCUGCUCUUUGAGCAGCAGAUGGUGGACAAGCUGUUCCCCUGUUUGGACGAGCUCAUCAGUAUCCACAGCCAGUUCCUUCAGAGGAUCCUGGAGCGGAAGAAGGAAUCUCUGGUGGAUAAAAGUGAAAAGAACUUUCUUAUCAAGAGGAUAGGGGAUGUGCUUAUAAACCAGUUUUCCGGUGAGAAUGCGGAACGCUUAAAGAAGAUAUAUGGCAAGUUUUGUGGCCAGCACAACCAGUCUGUGAACUAUUUCAAAGACCUUUGCACAAAGGAUAAGCGCUUCCAGGCUUUUGUAAAGAAGAAGAUGGGCAGUUCGUUGGUGAGGAGGCUUGGAAUCCCAGAGUGCAUCUUACUUGUAACCCAAAGAAUCACCAAAUAUCCAGUUUUAUUCCAAAGAAUAAUACAGUGCACCAAAGACAAUGAAGUUGAACGGGAAGACCUAGCUCAGUCCUUGAGCCUGGUGAAGGAUGUAAUUGGAGCUGUUGACAGCAAAGUAGCAAGUUAUGAGAAGAAGGUACGUCUCAGUGAGAUUUAUACGAAGACAGAUAGCAAGUCGAUCAUGAGGAUGAAGAGUGGGCAGAUGUUUGCGAAGGAGGACUUGAAACGGAAGAAGCUGGUACGCGACGGGAGUGUGUUUUUGAAGAGUGUCACAGGAAGGCUGAAAGAGGUGCAAGCAGUUCUGCUCUCUGACAUUUUGGUUUUCCUUCAAGAAAAAGACCAGAAAUACAUCUUUGCAUCAUUGGACCAGAAAUCCACGGUGAUCUCUUUAAAGAAGCUGAUUGUCAGAGAAGUGGCACAUGAGGAGAAAGGCCUGUUCUUAAUCAGUAUGGGGGUGAAAGAUCCAGAGAUGGUAGAGGUCCAUGCCAGCUCUAAAGAGGAGCGGAACAGCUGGAUUCAGAUCAUCCAGGAUACAAUCAACACCCUGAACAGAGAUGAAGAUGAAGGAAUUCCUAGUGAGAAUGAGGAGGAGAAGAAAAUGUUGGACACCAAAGCCCGGGAGUUAAAAGAACAACUUCAGCAGAAGGACCAGCAGAUCCUCCACUUACUGGAAGAGAAGGAGAUGAUUUUUCGGGACAUGACUGAGUGCAGCACUCCUUUGCCAGAGGAUUGUUCCCCAACUCACAGCCCUAGAGCCCUCUUCCGCUCCAACACAGAGGAGGCCCUCAAAGGAGGACCUCUAAUGAAAAGUGCAAUAAGUGAGGUGGAGAUCCUUCAAGGCUUGGUGAGUGGAAGCCUAGGAGGUGCACUCGGGCAGGCCGCCAGCGGCCUUGCCGAGCAGGAAGCCAUUGUCGGUCCUAUUUCCUUGCCCCGGAGAGCCGAGACCUUUGGAGGAUUCGACAGCCACCAGAUGAACGCUUCCAAAGGAGGUGAGAAGGAAGAUGAUGAUGGCCAAGAUCUUAUUAGGAGAGCAGAGUCGGACAGUGGUCUGAAAAAGGGUGGAAAUGCUAACCUUGUAUUUAUGCUAAAGAGAAACAGUGAGCAGGUUGUCCAAAGCAUCGUCCAUCUCCACGAGCUCCUGAGCACUCUGCAGGGUGUGGUGCUCCAGCAAGACAGCUACAUCGAGGACCAGAAGCUGGUGCUGAGCGAGCGGGCACUCACGAGGAGCUUGUCACGGCCCAGCUCGCUCAUUGAGCAGGAGAAGCAGCGCAGCCUGGAGAAGCAGCGCCAGGACCUGGCCAACCUGCAGCGGCAGCAGGCGCAGCACCUGGAGGAGAAGCGCAGGCGCGAGCGCGAGUGGGAGGCCCGGGAGCGUGAGCUGCGGGAGCGCGAAGCGCAGCUGACUGAGCGCGAGGAGAAGGUGCAGCUGGGGCAGCAGGACCUGGAGAGGGACCGGGAGGAGCUCCGGCAGAAGAAGGGCACCUACCAGAGCGACCUGGAGAGGCUGCGUGCUGCCCAGAGGCAGCUGGAACGGGACCAGGAGAAGCUGCGGUGGCGGGAGGCAGAGCUGCUCAGCCAGAGGCAGCUGGAGCGGGACCUCUGUCAGGUGUCCCAUCCACACAGCAAGCUGAUGCGCAUCCCGUCCUUCUUCCCCAAUCCUGAGGAUCGCCCCCUGUCGCCUGCCCCUUCCAUCACCAAAUCAGGAUCCUUGGACUCAGACCUCUCAGUCUCCCCAAAAAGGAACAGUCUCUCUCGGACACACAAAGAUAAGGGGUCUUUUCACAUACUGAGUUCCCCCAGCCAGCCAAACAAGGGCCCUGAAGGGCAGGCUCAGGCCCCCUCGAGCGCCACCACCCGCCUGUUUGGAUUAACUAAGCCAAAAGAAAAGAAGGAGAAAAAGAAGAAGAGCAAAGGAAGCCGCUCCCAGCCUGGUGAUGGUCCCGCAUCGGAAGUGUCAGCGGAGGGAGAGGAGAUCUUCUGCUGACCCAACUCCUGUGCCCCAACUGUGCCACUUGGCUCCGCCUGCCGCCCUUUCGCACAAGUCUCUUACACUGGACGUCCAUGGCUCCACGUCCAGUCCUCUGGGCAAGGCGCAUUGUCUGCAUGUCAGGGUGGAAGGGCGCAGAUGCCAUCCGGCCAUGGCCUGUGAGUAGCCAGGACUCAGCGGGGCUGGUCCUGCUCAGGAUGGCGUUCUGGAACUGCGCCCCAGAAGUACAUGUGGCGGGUUAGGAUGCCACUGGGUGAAAGAGAGUUUCCCAAUGGUGCGGAAACUCUGCCCGCCUUGUAUUUGUUUUGGGGAACACAACCAAAGUCAAAGAGCAGAUGCUGCAGAUUGCGUCUGUGUACAGUGACAGAUCUGUACACAUGUGGACUGGUGGGUCUCAGCCAUGAGAGUGGCUUGUGCUCGGCUUGGUGGCUGUGGAUAUUCUGACCUUCACUCUGUGGUCCUCUGAGACUGGGUCCACUUGGCACACAUCUCCCUCUUCUGUAACUACUUCUCAUUUCAUUUCAGAGGUGACAACAGACAUUUGUGAAAUCAGUGAGAGGUUUGAGGUAUUAGAAAGCACAUGAUCUGUCCCUCCUAGUCUAUGUCCUGGCUUACCUUAGAACAUCAGGUUCAGAAAAAACCCAUAGAUGUCUGCAUACUUGUUGUUCCAGACACAAAGUAGAGGCCUCCCCACCACAGUGCAGUGUGUCACCAUUGGUUGUCACAGGCCUGAGAGAGGUCUCCUAAUGGCUUCCCUGGGCAGCUGCCCCCGCCUGGGCCUCAUUGCCUUGGGGCCUCCCGCCCAGCACCAGCUUAUACUCAGGCCCCUGCCGGGUGGUGCCCACCCCUGCCCCAGGACGGUAGGUGCAGGUGUUUCCACCAGCACAGACCGGAGCUGGCCUGAGCCAGGGUUGGGAGGCCAUCCUUGUGUGUCAGAAGGAAGGUCAUGGUCUGACUUGGUUUCCUCCGUCUUUUAAACCUGAAGUUCUGUUGAGUAUUAAUUCUGCUCACGCUGGGAGUGUUGCUGUGGUUCUUCUGUUCUUUCCUGUGUGUUGGAUCUGUGUCUGCUGCUCUGGCAAUGUGUCUCCUGUCACGCUGUCCUCCCUGCUCAGCUCUCGCGUGGCGUCCUCCCAGGGUCUGUCCUCCGAGGCCUGGGACGUGGCAAAAGCGAAUCUUACCUUGGUGCUUGAUGUUGAACUGCAAGCUGGCCUUGCAGAUGGAGAUAUUUAUCUUUCAGUUUAUUUGAAAGAGUCUGGUUUAAGAUUUUUAGCCUAAAUCUGUUUUAUUUAUUUUGUGUAUGUGUUUUAUGUUUCAUUUAUUUUUAAGCUUAACCAGUUCUAGCCCUCCAGGGCAGAGAGUGACGUAGCGGCAGGCUUUCUCCCUGGAAAGCUGGCGUCUGCAUGUGCUGACAGCCCAGGAGAAAGUGGGGCUUCAUCUCCCUUGUCCCACACCUCUGUGAUCACAGAGAUGUCUUCCUCCUUUGGGAAUUUAGAAAUUGGCCACCUCUGAGCUACCCUUGCCUGCUUUUGUUAAAGAAACUUUGCACUCUUCAGAAAUAGGCUUUUAAGACCAAAACCAACCCAUGUUUCUGUUGGAGCCGUGCAUACCUCCGAGGGCCUUUAAUGGCGGGGGUCGGCCGCUGCCUUCAGCCCUGCACUUGACCCUGUCCCCUUCCUCAGGUCCAGCAUAGAUGGGGCUCGACUGGCUGUCCCUGUCGCCGCCUCCCUGUCCUCCCUGUGCUUCCCAUGAUGUGGCACCAGCAGUCGCCCCUUCCUCUGCCCCCCUCUGCCCAGCCUCAGCUCCCGCUCACUGCAGCGAGCUCUGAGGUGGAGCGGAACCGUCACUCCCCCCACACCCUGGCAAUUUGCAGCAGCUUGGCCAGCUCUGCCUGGGUUCAGACAAAGGCAACCCAGAGCCCAGGACAGCUUCCUUUGAGAGAACUGCUUUGCUGUGCCCGUCGCUCUCCCUGCUCCUCGCCCCAAAUCACUUAGAGGGGCCUGAGGAUGCGGCUGCUUGUGCUUCAGCUCGUGACCUUGGGAAGAGCUCCGAGCCACCUUGCCCCAUCACGCUAAAGAAAUCAAAUUGCUCUUAAACUUGAGGGGUGGGGGUGGAGGGAGACAGAAGGCCAUCCAGAGUCCCCUGACUUGCAGCAGCUACUGGGUGGCAGGGAGGCUGACAGUAUAUCCUCGCAAAUGAUAAUCAUCUUGGUCCUGUUGCCCUGUUGGUGAUGCAGGAGCACUUUAAACACACAGCAGUUGGCUUCAUUUUGGAGACAAUCAAACUAACACUUUUCUUAGAAAACAGAGCAAAAACAUGCAAGUUGCCAUAUUCUGCCCUUGCCAACAUUUCCUCUACCCCCACGAGCCAUCUGAGGGGAAGAUACCCUUACUAAGGUUUUUUUUUUUUUUAAAGGUACGAACCAGCCUUCUUUCCUCUUCCAUGUCUCAGGGUUACACCACUAAAAGCUGCCUCUGUUCAUCAUCCCAAGGCCUCAGUACUAGCAUAAGCCCAGGUUCAGUUCAGUUGGGUUGGGUUUGAUUGAAUCCUCCAUUGGGGUUAGUGGGCCAAGGCUUAAGUACAUAGACCCCAGCAUGAAGAUGGAACCACAGCCUGUAGGCCAGUGCUUUAUCCACACAUUGCUCUCCUUAGAAGUACUUCCGGUGUCAUUCUUCUAUCUCUAAGGCUCUGUUUCCAACUUGCCAAGGAUUCUGCUAUUUUCCUUGGAGCCGAAGCAUCUGAGGAUGAUGGGUGGCCAGCCCUGAGUAUGUAGAAAAACAUUCUCAGUGAGCGGGCAUCUGCGACCAGAGUGGCUCUGAGGUGACCCAGACCCCACGUGCCUGGACAGCCUCAGGACGUAAAAGCGACCCUUGGGGCACGCAUGCCAUCUUUCUAGCAUGCGCAAGCCUGCAUCCUGGGCUGUCCCCACCAGCCCCACGCCAUCUGACUGCCUCAGAGACCAAAGGCAGACCGCCGAGUUCUGCGUUUUUCUUUCUCUGUUGAAUAACAUUCCUUGUAAGCAGAGCUUUGGAAUCUACUGCCUGCUGGCCAGGUGCUGAAAUGAGAAGUCCUAAUCUGCCUUGAAAGCAGGAGGGAGAAGAAACGGUCUCUCCAUUCAUUUGUCAAAAGUAGAACAGGAUGUUCCCCACCUCACUAAGGCUAAGGGAUGGUGGCCCCACCCUGGUCAGGCCCCGUGGCCUUGGCAGUGGGCGGCCUGCCCCUCGGCACAGGCACUCGCCACCGCCACACAGGUGGCUGCUCCCAGAGCACCACCGAAGGAGGCUCCCAUGGGCGGUGGUCAGCCUCGCCUCGCCUCGCCCAUCCUGUCCUGGUCAUCACCCAGUCCCCAUCCCCCACCCUUGCCCUGCGAGCCCUCGGGGACGCUGUCUCCACAGUGCGGAGAGCUCUGCUCUCCUGGUUAUUUCAAAUGCUGUAUGAACAUUUCCAUGCUAAAUCUUACUCGAAAAAGAUGAGUUUAAGCCCACCCUUGUAUAUUAGAUUGUAAUUAUGUAUAAAGUGAAACAGUUUCAAACUGUAAAUCUUUUUUUUUCAGUGUGUUUUCUGGAAUUUCGCCACAACAUACUGGCUUUAUAUUUUAUUUAUCUUCAUUCCUAGUUAAUGGCUUCAGACUCUUGUAAAGUUCCCCUCUGCCCUUUCAAAAAAUAAAUUUUUCUUGAAGUCUUCA